CUAACUUGUCCAUCUUCCGUCUAUUUCUUUUACAUUACACUUCGUGUCCAAGUCCAUGACUACUUAUGUAUAGACUGAGUUUUUUCUUGUGACCUCUCGGCAGUGUAUCGAGAACAAAAAUACGUGAGAAUUACUUACAAUAGCAAUACUAAAUAUGUAGUCCUCCCUGUCGUGGUGCUCCUUGGGGACUAUUUAUGAAAGGAUAGACACGUGACGACCGUUGUACUACUAGUGGGAAAAUCCCACGAUGGCCGAUGUCUACACUAGUAAGUAUGAGAUUUUUCGUUACGGUAUAGUACGAGCACUUCUACAUCUACCGUUUGUACUAGCAGAACGUUUAUUUUACACUUGUAUCGAACAAUCAAUUUGAUAGGUACAACAUGUUCGUGAUUACAUGUUGAUUUGCAUUGAAGAUGAUUUUCUUUGUAAGUAGAUAAACCAACAAUGACUUACUACACUUAAUAAAUAUGUACCGAGGAUAGAUGGUACAACAAACGUUGAACAGAAUUCAAGUUAUCCUAAAAGGGCAUGAAAAUAGCUUGCCCUACCACUUCGAGAAGAUGACCUCGCGAGUAGUUAAUAUAGUUUUCCUCACUUCUCAUUUCCGUGGUCCUCAUUACGAUAAAGAUAUUAAUGUUGAGUCGUAAGUAAUCGUAUUCCUCGUAGAUAAUGAUGAGUCGUAAUCGUAUCAACAAGGGCCCAACAGCCUGGAUUUGCCUUAGGCCCCUGCUCCACCAGGACCAGGCGAUCGCUUCUUACUUGGUCUGUAAUCGGGUUUUUUCUUAGUGCGUGAAUCGGGCGAAAAUCAUCGUGACGAGUGAUAGUGUUUAAUUUGUCUAAACACAUCGGUCUUCUCCUUUUUAGAGUGGACGUGUAGCGAGAGUGAAUGGCGCUCUCGGAGCGGCUUUCUUCUACUUUUUUGCAGAUGACAAGACUCGCGAUAUUAUUUGGUGAUCACAAAGUUGCGGAUCACUCGCAAUGCUUUUGCGCUGCGUAAGCCAUUCGAAAUGCAGAAGGAGGAGAAGAAGUGAAGACGAUGAAGAAAAGACGAUGCUAAACCGUUCGAGAAGAAACAAAACACAAAAACAACAACCGGAAGGGAAUUGAGGAGGAGUUAGGGUCCUAAAUGGAAACGUUAAGUCCACCGGUCGUAGAUUUUUAUCUGCUCGUGGCAUUUGUCCUUGGUUUCUAAUCGGUUUGUUUCUUAGUAGUUUCGACUGCUCGGCGUAUAGUUCGUGUGCUCGAUCCUUUCUUGCUGCGAUCUUGCUUCACUGCAUUUUUUCGAUGAUGGUCUGAAGUCAAAACUAUGCUCAAUUCCAACGUAGUACGUUAAAAUUAGCCUCUUUCGACUCCUUCGAGAUCGUCCUCUGGGAUCGAGUUCCGCCCGUUACUUGGUAGAUCGCACAUGGGACACAUCACGUGAGAUGUUGAUGUUGAACAAGCAUCUACAUUAUAAGGCUCGUCUGGAGAAACUGCCUUUGAAACAAAAGCUUUCAGGUAGUUUUGUUUAUCAACGAUGCUUGAAGAAACACAAGCAGCUGCUACUUAUGAUACGAUAGGAUUAAUUGUUGUGUAACUAAGUGUUGUAUGCGCCAUCGAAAUACCGAAGACGAGGAUUGACGUAACCACUUUCUCUGUACGCCCGCAGCAUGACGAAGUUGAUUAUGUAGUUGAGGCUGGAGAAUCGUUCGACGUAGCUCAUCUAAUAAAUUGUCUGUUAUUUGUAGUACACUACGAAUUUUAGAUCAUGAUGGCAGAUGUUGUUGUUGUAUGAAGAAAUUAAAACAUACAAAUAAUUCGAUUAACAUUUAUCCCAGUCCGUCCCCCUGAUUUUGACUUUUUGACUACCUUCGUAGCCUGCUGCAGUUGAAGUGCAAGAAACAUAUCUUCAAAGGGAACUACAGCACGUCCCGCGCUGUUCCAUGAUUCAGAAAGUGUUUCUUUCAUUUCAACAGUGCUUGCAGCUGCGUCGCUGUGACAACAUCGUAGAGAAUUUACGAUCUCUCUCAUUCUUUCACUUCUUUCUCUUAUCCCCGAUAUCUAUUCUAGACAAUGGAAUGUUCACCGAUUUCUCCAAUCUGAUUCAUCUGAUUUCUUAAUUAUGAUUUCUUUCUUUGCUCGUCGACUCUACAGCUGCUGUUGUAAGUAAUAUCAGUGUCGAUUAUAUUCAUUGCUGCUCAUUGUACUAACAUUCGAUGUAGUGGUGUUCUUUUUCCUGGGAGUAUAUUGAUUGCUUCUCAUGAUUACUUAAUGUUGUCUCUCGUGGAUGUCAAAAUUCUCUUUUUGCAUUCAUAUCUCCGUGUAUAUUAUCCUCGUCGUUUUUUCUUUUCAAAAUAAUAUUCUUGACAUGUUUUCUUGUCAUCUAUUUCAACAGAUCUGGUGUAGUACAUCGUAGUACAUAUUCAAGCGCUGAGCUCUCUGCUUCAAAGCUUAUUUCAACAGAUCUAGCCUAGAUAGCAAUCAUGUCGUUCUUGUUGAUGCAAAGAAUUUUUUUCGAAAGUAAAUUGUGAUGGUCAAUGAAUUUUAUGGAUGCCAAUUCUUCCAAGCUAAAGAAAUAUUUCAGUCUCGUCUGUAUAAAAAGUUGGUUGUCCUUGUCGUUGUCGAUUGUGUUGUAGCUUUCAAAUGAUUUCUUGUUGUUCAACUAUGUUCUAGCACCAGGAAGUAGGUUGUACAACUGAUUCAUUCUCAAAAAUAGAAUAGUUCUUUCUUAUUACAAUUUAAUUAGGUGCCCGAUCCCGAACUUUUCAGCGUUCUUCGUUGUCUUCUAUUAUGAUGCUUGUUGAUGGCUUAUUGAUGCUUAGAUGAAUUGAUGGCACAGGCAGCAGGCCAGCCUGAGGCGGCAGCUUGAAACCGUCAAAGAAGAAAAGAUUUAAGGUCGUUUUCUGACGAUAUUUUUGAUGUUGAACAACGAAGCACGUAGACGUACUUACACGUAGUUGGCUAGAUAGAACCAAGAGCAGAAGAUGAGAAUCCCAGCACACUCGAAAGUACUUAUUAUGUGAUCU